CCCCUCUGGGAGUUUCCCAAAAGCCCGCGCGGCAGGCCGCGGCCGCCCCAAGAUGGCGACUCCCAUGCAUCGACUCAUAGCCCGGAGACAAGCCGAAGCAAAUAAACAACAUGUAAGAUGUCAGAAAUGCUUGGAAUUUGGACAUUGGACUUAUGAAUGCACAGGAAAAAGAAAAUAUCUACAUAGGCCUUCAAGAACAGCAGAGCUAAAAAAAGCUUUAAAAGAAAAAGAAAAUAGACUAUUACUUCAGCAAAGCAUUGGUGAAACUAACAUAGAAAGAAAGACCAAGAAAAAAAGGUCUAAGAGUGUCACGACCUCCAGCAGCUCUAGCAGUGACAGUUCAGCCAGUGAAUCCUCCUCAGAGAGUGAAACGUCUACCUCAUCCUCGGAGGACAGUGGCACGGAGGAAAGCUCCUCCAGUUCCUCCUCCUCCUCUUCCUCCACCUCCUCCUCCUCCUCCUCGGACUCUGACUCUGACUCCAGCUCCUCCAGCAGCAGUAGCUCCAGUACAGAUAGCAGUUCUGAGGAUGAGCCCCCAAAGAAGAGGAAGAAAUAGACUCACCAUGGACCCUGGACCAGAACACCAGGGAGAGUCUCAAAAGGCAAUCAGAACAUGCCCAGGCAAACAGGUUAUCUGGUGGAACUUUCUAGAAUCCAGAACUUUCUAAGCAUUUUCCCCUGUAUAGAGUAUUAAUAAUGGAUUAUACAAAGACUUUUAUUUUAGGGAUGAAUCUUUUUUUAAUAUUUGAAGUAUAUCUGUAGAACAUAAAGCUGAAAACUAGUAAAUUUGUUUCUGUGAUGAGACUUUUUCUCCCUGUGAAAUGAAUGCCUUACUUGGUUACAGACAUGUUGCAGUGUCUGCAGGACAGACUUGCAGAGUAAUGCAUCAGAAUAUCGAGUACUGAGUUUCUCAUGCUUUCUUGGCUCUGUUUGUUAUGUGAGAUUUAAUACACUGCUAUUGUAAUACAUUGUUAUUGUAAGUGUAGUUUUCCAGCAUUAAUAAAUGUGCUCUAUUUUUAUGUUCA